CUGGCCAAUAGAUUGAAGUUAUGUUGGCACAAUACCCCAUAUCCUCCCAGUUUACUGGCUGAGCCCAACCCCAGCUAAGAAGGACAAUAAAAAUCUGUGUUCAGAGACAUACUGAAUAGAGAAUUCUGGACUCUAUAGAAUGCACUGCCUCCUGAUGAAGUCCUUGCUGUUCACCCUUGCAGUUUUUAUGCUCCUGGCCCAAUUGGUCUCAGGUAAUUGGGUUGGGAAAAAGUGUGCAAACAAAACUGGAAUUUGCAAGAAGACGUGCAAACCUGGAGAGAUGCAUGCAAUGCCUGCUGAGAAGAUGUGCGGCAAAGAUAGUGUAUGCUGUGUUCCAGCUAGACGUUCUGGUCAUCCUUCUGUCUGUGUGGAGAAAAAGACUACAAGACAUUCAACAGCAACAACAACAAGAAGUUUGAUGAUGAAUACUGCUUUGAUGUCUUCGAUGGCUUCAGUGACUAGGGUGGCUGCUACCCCUGUUUCUGUCACCAGUUGAACAUUCCAGCCUCUGUCUCCUGCUCUAGGAUCCCCAAUUCAUUAAAGCAAA